GCUCAAGGGAAUUCCUUGGAUUUCUUUCCCAGUUGGAGAGGGCCUUUCGUAGUUGAGGUGCAAUUUGUCGAAACUAUCUCUUGAGGAAGGAAGAAAUCGUUUAAAGUCCAUCAUGAGUCACUUUGACCACAAACCGUCUGGUAAGGACUCGUUUUCCCGGGGAGUGACGGCCAACCAAAAGGCCACCAUCCGGGCUUUUGACAAGUUCUAUUCCAUGUUUCCAUCCUUUUUGGAUAUAUUUCCGGACGAGGAUGCCUUUUUGAGUUUCGCCUUUUGGUUUGUCGCUUGCACAAUUGUCACCGUAGUUGUGCUGUCAAGAUUUGUGAAGAUUCAACCCUCGGGAUUCUUUUAGUGUGUGUCGAAGUGCGUACUUAGUAAUCCACUAUGCCAAGGCUUAAAUUGAAUAAGACUGUUGGAGAUGGCACUGAAAGCCAUACGCAAAUGCAGAAAAUCGAGGUGAAAGAUGCUUUACGUCAACUUUUGGCCACACUAGAGCCUCUCAUUCGCUCCUCUGGUUCAUCGACACACCUUCAUGGGAUGCUCACUUACUUGGAGGAGGCGGACGAAACAGCCUUUCAACAUUUGAAAUUGGCCCAAUGGGUUCAGAGACAACUGACAACCUCGAUUCGAUCAAUGGUGAUGACCGAAAUAUCUGCUCAAUGCCAAGACUCUGAACUGACUCCUCACAAGAUGAAAAUGGUGGCCCCCGCUAUUCUCCAUAAGAUCAUGCAAUCAAUGGAGAUCCGACAAUGUCUCGGUGAAAUGAGAAAGUUGCUUCAAGCUGUGGGAGUUGAAAUGAAGGCCAAUUUUGACCAAGAAUUCGCGAAAGUCAUCUUGAUGGUUGACGAAGCAUCUUUGGACGCACUUGGGCAAGAUUUCUGUAGACCUUCAAUGAAUCAAUCUGUUUCUAGUCAAGACAGUCUUUUCUCGACGUGGCAUCAGUCCAACUUCAUUUUCUUACAACCUCAAGAGUACAAUCGGUUAGGGGAGAAAUUGAAUCGAUUCAGCCCGACUGAUGUCAAGAUUGAAGCGUUAAAUACCCUGCUCUUGACGCAGUUAUCUGAAAUCGUCUCCACCGAGUCGUGGCCUUUCGUAAAAGAGGGUCUUCAGUCCUCGUUGAUGGACUCAAGUAGUAACGUAUCUUUUUUGAGCCUGAAGAUUCAUCAUCGGCUCAUGAGUAACAUUACACCCCUUGCCACUCGUGAAGCUUUCACGAGUGUUAUGAGCUCUAUCGGUGGCAUUUAUCGAGACAGGAACCGAAUUCAGAGCCUGCCAAGCAUGACAUCCGGAAUUAGUUCCAAAAAGAGAUUUCACCAAAGCUUUCUGCAAGUGUUCAAGCUUGUGGCUCAUUUUUGCACCGAGCUCCCGAAGUACUGGCUCCGUUAUCCGGAGCGUUUAGUUCACGACAUGGUGGAACAUCUAUUCCAGGCCAUCACAUCUCCUAGUAACCAUCAUAUGGGAAAGAAAGCCCCUAUUCACCCGAUGAUGAUUUUGGCUGUCGUGGAUCCACAAGCCAAGUGGUUAACUGCUUGGUUUCAUUCAUCGAUGGGAAGAACUCUCAGCCUCAAAUAUAUGGAUGUUGGCUUCAUCCGUUACGUCACAGAUACUGUCUUGGAUGUUUUGGAGAAUUACAACCUGGAGGAAUGGUCUCUAAUUCGAAAUGCUUUGGCCAGAAAAUCUGCCAUAACUAAGAAGGCCCUAUCCGAGGCUGUCAUCAGAUAUGCAAACCUGAUACAUUGCGUCAAUAUCGUGGUCCUGUUGAGCAAAACAAGACGGGGGUCAGAGAAAUCCACGAAAAUCGAUCAAUGCAUCAGCCGAAUGAUCAUGUUUGUCUCAGUCUCCAAUCACAUCGCCUUGAAAGGGCCAAGCAAAUGGAUAAUCCAUAGCCUCGAGUCUCUGGCUGGUAGCAAGGACAGUGCUCAUAAUUUUGUCACCACAAUGAGCUUGGAAAGGAUCCUCAGUCCUAUGAGAAGUUACAUUCAAGACUUCGAUUCGCAGCCCCGAAAGUCUCUAUAUUUUUCUUUGGAAGGAAUGGUCAGGAUUGUCACAGUUUUAAUCAACAAUGCUACCAUAAAAAUUGAUCCCGAUCCAGCCCUACCCUCAAGUGGACUAGAUAAUGGCAUUACCAUGUCCAUCCUGGAGACUUGUGCAAAGUUCUCAGCUCUUACAUUCAAAGCCUAUGCGUCUCAUGACGCCAAAUUGUUGGCCUCUGUUGCAAGGCUUGCCUUGGCCAUUGGAACAAAUCACUUGGGUUGUCUCGUAUCAAGUUUUGAACCAAUGAUACAAUCUCUGUCAGCCUGUUGGUGCGCUUUGAGAGACACAACCGCCACUCCAACCAACUCUUUGCUCAACCUGAAGCAUUAUUUGGAUGAAGAUGAACCCGCCCUGACCGAAGAAAUGAAAACCGUCCUUCAAAAGCUAUGCCAAACUCCAAGGGGCUUCUUUACUAUCUUCAAACACGUUUCCGUUCAAGACCUGUACGGCAAUGAGCUGCAUACGAUUGCAGAGAACGAAAAUCUUUCUCUCCUUGCCGUGUCUGCUCCAGGAGUCAGAAUACUUUGCAAUACCAGGUUCUUGGAACAACGACUUGCUUACAUCUUGGACACCAUUUCCUUGGAGGGAGAUAACAAACAUUGGAGACCAAGUCAAAUGGAAACGGAAGACCGACUCCUGAGAGCAACAGUUCUCUUCGUUCAGUUGCUCUCAAGUUUCGAGUUUUUGAAGAUCAAUGUUCCAAUCCCAAUUGAGUCCAACCCUAAGAAUGAUGUCAAAGCAAUGCUGCUCUUGAAUUCCAAAAUUUUCAACCAUUACUCCGAAUCUGAGUCUGUUUUUGCGUUGAAGAUGUUCUCUUGCGUGGCCAGUGGAUUGGAUAAUUUCCUUUAUUUGGAGCGCAACUUCCAAAUGCUAGAGCGAAUCGAUGGAAACCUUUAUGACGAAGACAAAGCCAUCGGUGACUCUGGAGAAAUGAUCAUUGAUCGAGAAACCCUCUAUCUGCACUUUCUAUCGCAUUCUCUUCGGUCGAUCGGUGGUCAUGGCGAGCGCCCUAUGCCCAAGCUCAGUUUUGAAGAGAGAGCAGAUUGGAAGUCAUGCGUAGACGUCCCAGAACCUGACUUUCAGCCUCGAAAAGGCUCUAGAGCUGCUGAAAGUCUUUUGCAAUUCCUCGCCAUUACUAAAAGUCAAUACCAUGAUCGGGAGUGGCUUGAACAGGCCAAAAAAAUGUUUGGUACUUCAAUCACCACGUCAAUGGUUGAGGUGAAGGAGAAGCUUCUUACAGAGAUCCUGGAUCAAAUGCAAGAGUCGUGGCAAGUUAUUCCAAACGAAGACCUUCCCUCCAGUCACACAGACUUGAGCAUCUCGAUUGAAAGCACAUUAGAGGCCUUAAAACUGCCCCUGGACUUCGUCGUCAACUAUGGUUGUAGUAUUGACCUAAUUGACCAAGCCAAGAGAGACACUCAUCUUGAGCAAUUGGCAGACGUGCUUACCAAGGCCCCCAAUACGUUCCUCACCGAAAGAUUUGAUUGGUUUAUUGGCGUGUCUUUUCUUAUGAUGAGUGGCACUGAAGAUGGAGACGGAGUGCCUAUGGAAUUGGAAGCCAAAGACAAAUGCUUGGCAUUUCUGCGCAAGAUUUCGCGAUCGUACAUGUCAGUGUUCCUUUGGCCGAACAAAACUCGAGCGUUCUGUCGGAAUCGGCAUGAGACUAAAAAGCUGAAAUUUGCUUGUGAUAUUGAGCUAUUCGUUUCCCUAUUCGGCCAUCACAUAGAAGCGAUCCUGUCUAAGGAAGCUCCAGUCGUGUUCAUGGAGUUGCAAAACGAAAUGAUCUCGCCCUCUCUACUUUGUUAUCAAUGGUGGAACCAGUGUCUCCUGAAUGUCCUUGAUUGGACUGAAAUUUGCCAUUACCAUUUGCUAAUCAUUCUUUUUGGGCCUGACUAUUUAAUCUACUUCUUUACCGCUCUCUUGCGACAUCUCCAGACUCCCAUUCUCGAAGCAGUCCAAGAUCAACAUGGCGAUGGCCGAUAUCUCAUCGAGAUUCUCAUGACGGAACCCGUCUCGGGAUUCCGAACGGGAGAUUAUCUCCCGUUCAUGCAAUUGUUGGCCAAAACGUACUCAAAGUUGAUCUUAAAAGACUUCAAGACAUUCUUGAACAUGUAAAAAAGGCACCCCUCGAAUGGUUUGUGAUUUAUUUGUAUGAAAUGAUCAAGAUAGAACUAAGGUAACUAAACUGUAUUCAAAAGCGUUUUCUUCA